CCGAUGAGUUUCCCUUCGGUUUGGAAUCCUUUGCUUCUAUUUUUGUUAGAAUCAUCUGUAGCAAUGGCGUCAAUCGCUUCUGUCAAUCAGUUUCCUUGUGUGAACUUCAGGAAUUCGUCGCAGUGUUCGAAAUUGGUGGCGUGUGCUGCUGUUUCACCGGUUAAUCGGGUUGAUUUUCCGGUAGUUUCGAUAAGGAAAGGUAGGGAUUCGCGGCAGAGUUUCGUUUUUAGGGCGGUGAGCGACGACGAGUGGGGUGUCGAGAAGGAGCCUGCGGGUCCGCCAGGAGUGGCUGUGGUGGAGGAGAAACCGUCGGAAAUUGAUGUAUUGAAGAAACAGUUGGUGGACUCUUUCUAUGGAACGAACAGAGGAUUGACUGCCUCUAGCGAAACUAGGGCGGAGAUUGUGGAGCUCAUCACUCAGCUGGAGGCUAAAAAUCCAACCCCUGCUCCGACCGAGGCUUUGUCUUUACUCAACGGGAAAUGGAUCCUUGUGUACACAACAUUUAGUGGUUUGUUUCCUCUGUUAUCACGGAGUGCAAAUCUGCCACUGGUGAAGGUUGAGGAGAUAUCACAGACCAUCGACUCCGAGAAUUUCACCGUACAAAACUCUGUCCAGUUUGCUGGGCCAGGGGCAACCACUUCAAUCACUACAAAUGCUAAAUUUGAAGUGAGGAGUCCAAAGCGAGUGCAGCUCAAGUUUGAAGAAGGCAUCAUUGGGACACCCCAGCUGACAGAUUCAAUCGAAUUGCCAGAAAAUGUCGAAUUUCUUGGGCAAAAAAUUGAUCUCACACCAGUCAAAGGUUUGCUCACCUCUGUACAAGACACAGCUUCUUCCGUGGCAAGAACCCUUUCCAACCAACCACCCCUUAAAUUCUCCGUCUCUAAUAGAAAUGUUGAGUCGUGGCUGCUGACCACAUUCCUCGACAAUGACCUUAGAAUUUCAAGAGGAGAUGGAGGCAGCAUAUUUGUGCUCAUCAAGGAAGGCAACCUCCUCCUCAACCCUUAAAAAUAGUUGAGAGAGAUCCAACCUUGUUUAUAUAUAUAUAGUGUGUAUUAGUUUCCUCUCUCUUUUGCACUUGUAAAACGAUCGAAAUAAUGCGUGUUUGUCACAGAACAUAAAAUGCAGAAAUAACAAGGAUUGGAUUCGAGUUGCUGUA